CAGGUCCGAAAAAAGUAAGACCUAGACUACAAACUGGGGCCCGAGGAUCAAGCUAGGGCCUGUGCUAGCCCAGUUCGAGCUAGUGUGACCCUCAUUUUUCUCUUAUUUUUUCUUAUUUGCUUUUAGCCGGGUCUUGGGGCGUAGCUUUUGUAGGACGAGGGCCAGGGCCAAGGCCAUGGCUUUGAGGAGUUGGGCAGGUCCAGGGCCAGCCUUGAUCUGUUGCCAUCCUUAACCAUUUCCCUCCACAGUGUCCGACAAGGGCAGGGCUGGGUCCUGGCCUGGCCAUUCUCGCCCGUCAAGCGCAGCACCGAAGCCAGACAUGAUCCUUUAUUCGCAAAACCGAUUCCCACCACGAUGUCCAUAGAAUGCGAACAAGCCGACCGCCUAAGGAAACAAGAGUAAGCGUUGAGGAAAUUGGAGGAGAGUGCAAAAGCCGCAAAUGUAGUGCAGUAGAGUAGAGUUGUGCAGUGAUUGGGAGAGAGAAAGAGCGGCAUUUCCUGUCGCUUACGCCUCCAACACGGGUGUAUCGGUUCCCUCCACACCAUAACACCAUGCUUUUCACCUCAUCAAAAGCCCCACCAAAACCCUAAUUUCACAUGGAAAAAUAAACCCUCAAAUUCGCAUACAUCUUCCCUGUCGAAUCUCCACUAAAGUAUUAGAGAAGAAACCAGCAGAGUACCACUUCAAGAAGAAACCCUCCCUCAUCUCUAUUUCCGGAUUAGAGUGGAGAAGCCAGGGCCCUUUCACUCCUCCAGUUCGCAGUGUAGAAUUAGGGUUAUUAGGGUUUGGGAAGAGAUGGACCAACUUUUGAAUAUGGGGUUUCCCCAAGACCUUGCAUCCCAGGCAUUAGCAGCAACAGGGGGAAAGUCCAUUGUGAAAGCCACAGAAUGGAUCCUCAACAACAAAUCCUCAACCCCAUCUCCUCCAAUGAAGCCACACCAGCAGCAUGGUCGAGUCGAUCACUACUUUCACGGCUCCUCCUCUUCCCCCACUUUGAGACCCAAAAAUGAAAAAACCAUGGAUCCCCAAAUAAAUACAGAGACAAUCGAAGAAGAAGCGCGGGAGCAAGAGUCAGAGGCAGAGCCACCCCUGAAGAAGCUCAAGGGCUCGAGCUGGAACCUACUCGCCCCUAAGGACUUGGCCAAGCCCCCGGCAUCGCAAACCCGACCCCAAUUGAACGCCCCACUCGCUGAACGCAUGCGCCCAACAAGCAUCGACGAAGUUGUAGGGCAAGACCACCUCACGGGGAAAGGAUCCAUAUUAAGGGUGACCAUGGAAUGCGAUCGCCUGCCAUCCAUCAUAUUGUGGGGCCCACCGGGUACCGGCAAGACCUCCCUUGCCCGUGCCAUCGCUCGGUCUGCCUCACAUACCCACCACUUCGUUUCCCUCUCGGCAGUGACCGCCGGUGUGAAGGAGGUGCGGGACGCGGUGGAUGAGGCACGGAAGUUAAGGAAGGUGCAGGGGCUGAGGACGGUCCUCUUCAUCGACGAGGUGCACCGCUUCAGCAAGUCGCAGCAGGACUCCUUCCUGCCUGCUGUCGAGGACGGUAGCAUUGUUCUCUUCGGGGCCACCACUGAGAACCCUUCUUUCCAUUUGGUUACACCAUUGCUCUCCAGGUGCACAGUCCUCACACUCAAGAGGCUCGAGCCUCCACAUGUCGCUAUCCUCAUCGAGAGAGCCGUCUCUGAUACCAUUCGUGGCCUUGUCCCCUCGCUACGAUCGUUGAGUGUGUCUGGUGUUCAUGUCGAUGCUGAGGCCAUACAAUUGCUUGCGAGUGGGUGUGAGGGUGAUGCACGAGUUGCCCUCAACGCAUUAGAAAAUGCCGCUAGCUCAGCUGCGGUGCGCCGGCAAACUCUAACUGAGGACCCUGCAUCCAACUCUAUACCUUUCAAGAGGUUUGAAGGUGGGCGUGAGGCCGUAACCUACACCCCAUCCUUCAAGCUAGCCCCUACUGCCUCCUCCUCUGACCCCCCUGCUACCUCCUCGGACGAUGGCGACGGCACAAGCAACACCAUCUCAUUCAUGAAAGUGACCAUUGACGACGUGAAGGAAGCAAUGCAAUGCAAACACUUGGCAUACGAUCGUGCCGGCGAGGAGCACUACAACCUUAUCAGUGCACUCCACAAGUCAAUGCGCGGAGGGGAUGCUGAUGCAUCACUGUACUGGCUUGUGCGCAUGAUCGAGGGUGGCGAGGAGCCACUCUACAUUGCACGACGGCUUGUGAGGUUCGCGAGUGAGGAUGUGGGGCUGGCCGACACAGCAGCUCUUACACAGGCCGUGGCUUGCUAUCAGGCGUGCCAUUUCAUUGGGAUGCCUGAGUGCAAUGUUUGCCUCGCGCAAUGCGUUGCAUAUCUGGCAUUGGCGCCAAAGUCAGUGGCAGUUUAUGAGGCGAUUGGGGAGGCGCAGAGGGUGGUGAGAGAGGUGGGGGCUCAAAACGAGCCAGUGCCAAUGCAUCUGAGGAAUGCGCCCACGAAGCUGAUGAAAGAGCUUGGAUAUGGCGAAGGCUAUGUGUAUCCUCCUUCACAAAGUGGCCCAACUGAACAAGAGUAUAUGCCACCUUCCAUGGUGGGGCGCAAAUUCUUGAAUUGGCCCCCAUAUGGGUAAAGAUUUGGAAGAAGGCACUGUUUUCCCCAUAUAUUUUUUCAAAUUUUUGGCCUGUUUCGGUGGGUGGUUUGUUGUCUGAUAUGUGGUGGCUGGAUCGGCCUGAAAUCAUGUUUUGGCUGAAAUUUUAAUUGUAGUUUGAUAUUCGGUGGCUGGAUCGGCCUGAAAUCAGUGUUUUUGGCUGAAAUUUUGAUUGUGGUUAGGGUUUUGGGUAUAGGGUUUAGGAUUUAAGGUUCAGUAUAAACAGUGUAAAAUAUUCUAACGGAAUAAAAUUUGGGAGCUACAAUCCCUCUUUCUGGUUUA